AUGAAGCGCUCCUUGUCGCGGAGUGUGCUGAAGGGCCUGGUGAGGCGGCACAAGGCCCACCUGCGGAUGGCGGCGAACUUGGACCUGCUGGUACAUUUGAACUUCUUAUUGUUUCUGCAUCGGUUAGCUGAAGAAACCCGGACCAAGGCUAUUGCAGACAAGAGCAAAACCAUUAAAUAUGAACAUGUUCUGACUUCAGCAAAGAUAAUUUUAAAGAAGAGUCGAGGCUAAAGUCAAACUGUACUACUCCUUCUUUCCUUGGUUGAUAUGUUUGUAGCAACUAA